AUGACCGCACGGCCCCUCCGCGCGCUCAUCUCAGGCGCAGGCAUCGCCGGCCCUGUCCACGCUUACUGGCUCAAGAAAGCCGGUCUUGACGUCACCAUCGUCGAACGCGUUCCUCGGCUCCGGCGAGAGGGUCAGACCAUCGACGUGCGGAAUGAAGGGCGGGAGAUAUUUGACAGGAUGGGGAUCACCAAGUCGGUCAUGGCGGUGACCACUAAGGAGCUGGGCGUUCAGUUUGUCGGGGCGGACGGCGGGAUCUGGGGGUCUUUCCCGGAGGAUGGGUCGGACAGCUUUACGAGCGAGAUCGAGAUCGUCCGCGGGGAGCUCGCUUCUAUCCUUUACGAGCACACCAAGGAGGACGUCCAAUAUCUCUUUGGUGACUCGAUCACUGCGAUCGAGCAGGACGCGUCCAGCGUCUCGGUCACAUUCGCAAAGGACGGGCGGAGGGAGCAAUACGAUCUCCUCAUCAUCGCGGACGGUCUCAAUUCGCGCACUCGGGCUCUGGCGUUCGACCAAGACGUCCGGGCACCCAUUAAAGUCCUCAACGAAUGGUUCGCGGGCUUCUCCUUCCCCAAAGGUCCGACCGAUACGGACUGGGCGCAGUGGUACAAUGCGUCCGGACGCCGGGCGAUCCUCCAUCGUCCAGAUGGGUUUGGGCGGAUGCGGUCGCUCUUUGCCCACAUCGAUUAUACGGAGGCGACUCGGGCGAUUGGGAGCUCCAAGACGUCAGUGCAGGACCAGAAGAAGUACUGGGCGCAGCUGUACAGGGAUGCCGGAUGGGAGAGCGAGAGGCUGGUGAAGGGGAUGAUGGAGUCGGACGACUUUUACAUGUACGAGGUGGCGCAGGUCAAGGCGGAGAAAUGGAGCACGGGAAGGGUGGUGCUCUUGGGUGACGCAGCAUCCUGUCCAUCACCCAUCAGCGGACAAGGGUCGAACGUUGCGGUGGUGCAGGCGUACGUCCUCGCGGCGAUGAUCGCCAAAUACCCCAACGAUCACGCGGCGGCUUUUGCGGAAUACGAAACCUCCAUGCGAGAAUGGGUUGAGGGAAUCCAAUCCCUCCCCCCCGGUGCGCCCGCCUUGGCGGUCCCCCAGACGUUGACCGGUAUCCUCAUCCUCAACUGCGUCGUAUACAUCGGCUCCGCGCUCGUCAAUUCGGGCGUCAUCAACCUCUUCAAGCGGUGGUUUGGCCGGGCGGACAAGGGGUUUCCUCUGCCCCCGAUGUCAGUCUUCGGGAAGGUGUAA